CGCGCAUCCUGCGGUGGAUUUAAUGUGAGGAGCUAGUAUCGCACUUGACUCUCAUAGUGAAAACGAGCGCAUCCAUGUUGUCACACUUCCGGUUUAUACGUGGAGCAGAUUUUACGCAGUUAGGAUGACAAAUCGACAACAAAAUAAGUACGGAUUACGAAAAGGAUUCUCGUAGCGUUUCUUGAUGCGCAGCAGCAGGAUUCAUCAAGCGAGUCGUAGGGCCACGUCGUUGUCAUGUAUAGGAAAUGUUCCGUUUCUUAUGCACCACACAGUGAACAUUUGUUUUCCAUAAAAAGGAUUUAAUUUUUAUCCGAUGUGAGUGGCUUUCCUAUUUUCCAACAAAAGCAGAAUAUACGAGAGAAAAAGAAUCGCAAGUCCUCGACGAGAAUAACGAUAUCGGUCAAUUUUCUGUGAGCUGUUACGACCGAAAAUCAAGGGAAUUCUGACUGCUUACAUUUUUUUUUAAAGAUAUUAGAGAGAUCUGAGUUUGCGUGAUUAUGAGCGGCUCGGCGCAAUGCCGACGAGAGGGCGUGUACGCUCGGGUAUCCAGAUGGAUAACUUUGAGAUUUAGUGACGUAACUUAAUAUACGUGAAUUAACGAUUUCACGUGAGCUGAAGUUCGCAGUAAGAAGCGAGAAAAAUCGAUUCGUACAAGUGCCAUUCAAAAGUCAAGAGAAGUUCUGUCUGAACGAGUUAAUUGUACAAGUGCUGAAAAAGAAAAAAAAAAAGAAAAGUGUUCGUUCCAAGGUACAAUGUGGUAGGUGAAAUUUGUAAGUUUCACGACAUUGUACAUAAAUAGAACGGAGCUACGUCACACGAUGGAAAACGAAACGAAGCUAAUCGGGUGGGGUACGCGACCGUUAUUGGCCUACGUUGAGGCGCGUUCGUAGUUACGAUUGGUCGACGGUGCGAGGCGGAUGGAUGAGAUGUGCGCGCGGUCGUUGCGCGAUGGUCGCUCUGUGCUCUGCUGCAGUUUGACGAGUGAGGAGCGGCAUCGGUCAUCGUAAUCGAGAAAUUUUCGCAUCUUCCCUCGUAUCUUUGAGCAUCUCGACGAUCGCAGCCCGUCCCGACCUGCCGCCAUAGCGUCGCUCAUUUUACAAACAGAAUGAUAAUUUGCGUAAUUGUAGUCCACGUAGGACAGGCUAGAUAUACUCGGUGAUUUUAUGUCUGAUACGGAGAAUGUGCUGAAACAUCGUGAAUAUCAACAAAAUGCCACGCAUAGAUCCUUUAUCCUUACUCAGAUGUCUCAGUGUUCUAUUGGGUCCAACAGGAGGAAUAAAAAGUAAAGAAGAAGUCCAUCGAUUAGCUAAUUUAAUGACAAAGUUUUCUAAGAAACUUGUUUCAAAAUGCAUUUAUAUACAAAUAUUAAAAACCACAAAUACGGAUUUACUCAGUCAGUUUAUGACUGCUGGAGGAUGGAAUCUGAUUCAUACAUGGCUGACGGAUGGCAUUCUUGCUAAAAAUUGGGCCCUCAUCCAGGAAUUAUUGGAACUCCUAUUACUCUGCCCUGUGGACAUUGAGCGGCUAAAGAGUAAUAAUUGUCCCAAAUUGAUCAAAGGUUUGUCGAAAGAGGGUAGUCAUCAAGGAGUACGAUUAUUGGCCAGUCGGCUGGUCGAACAAUGGUUGAAGAUCGUGAAGGGAGAAGCGGCGCCGAAUUCUGUACCGGCUCAAAUUAUGACAGUUCCGGUACAGACAAGUAUAGCUGGAGGACAAACUGGAGUUGUUCUUUCGUCGCAACAACAACAGCAUUAUUCUGGCGCUCAGCAAAACGCAGACGCUGUCGAAAGCGCGACCGUCCAUGUGCAGGACUUGAAGCUCACUCAACAAUCUACCGCAAGUACUACACCAGGUCAAGUCCAGCAACAAAAUCAAGAACAGCAGCAACAAGAGAGGCUACAAUCACAAACAGUGCAACUACAAGUUAUCGGGAAAGCCCAGCAAGCGCAGAUACAGCAGCAGGCGACGCAACAAAGUAAAAAGCAAUCCUUUGUUGUUGUAUCUUCGCAGUCGUCGGUUCCCGUCUACAAGAUCACUAUUCGCGAUGGUAAUCAGGUUCUUGCGAAAGUAGAAACAGAUCCUGCGAAUAUCAACAACGUUCUGAAUACAUCCAGUACCACUGGUAUAGAAGUUAACGGAAAUGUUGCGAAUGUGACUACGUUUUCGAUCAAGCAGGAGGUGAAGAAGGAAGAAUCAGAGGAAAUCGAGGAGAGAACGCGGCAAAGUGAUAGUGCUAGUACUAUUAGUGGUCAGGAUGACGUGGUAGAAACGAGACAGUUGAACAAUUCGGAACAUGUAUCCAGUGAAGUGAAACAGACUGUAGUUAGUUCUAAGGACAAUCACGAUGCCGAUAGUGUUAAGGACAAAGACAAUAAGGACUCUAAGGACAUUGUUAAUAGUGAUAGCAGUAAGUCUAGUGAUAAGGAGAAUAGAGACUCUCAUAAAAAAGAUGAAAAGAAGUCCAGCAGCAUCUCCGACAAAAAAAGUAGUAGUCAUCAUCACAGUUCAUCGUCCAAGAGUUCUAAGCACAGUUCGAGUUCCAGUACUCAUCGUGCUAGCUCUCAUAAGUCUAGCAGUCAUCGUUCCGGUUCUAGUAGUAGUAGCUCAAAAAGUUCCAGCUCUAAUAAGGAUAGGUCUUCCAAGGACAAAGAUAAGCAUCAUUCUAGUUCGUCUAGUAAGCACAGUACGAAUAAGAGUAAAUCUGAGCGAGAUAAAGAGCGAGAGAAGGAGAAACAGAAGAAAGAUCAGGCGGAGAAGGAUAAGGCGACUCUGGAGAAGGUGCAAGGUCAGGCGUUGAGUUCCAAAUUGGGCAAGAUACCGAAGAAACGAUCUGAGGACGAAAAGUCGAACGAUACGAACGGGAGAAAGUCCUCGACUGAUUCACGGGAUAGCUCAAAGGAGAAUAAAGAGAAGGCAACGGACUCGUCGAAGAAGAUUGUCACGAUGCCCGAAAAGAAGAAUAUAUCGAUAUCCAUUGAGAGUAGAAAAAAUAGUCAGGACUCGAUGACACGGCCGAAGACUGUGAAGACGUUCAACUCAAAAUUCCGAUCCACGGGUCUAGAGGAAGAAGUAAAGCCACCGCCACCGAGGUCAAAGAAGCCGAAUCCUGUCGUUGACAAGAAGGUCAUACCUCAAAAAUUACCCGUUUUGAAGAGGCCAUCGCCGCUAAGAGAUACCGUUCCACUGGUGGAGAAGCGCGCGAAGCUGUCUUUGGACUCGCCGACAUCACCGGCCGAGGAGAAAAAAGGCGGGAUCAAGCUGAUACCACCAAAACCAAAACCGAUGGUACUGCAAGAGAGUGAUAUGUUCAUGGAUGCUCUCACGGCGUCUACAAAGAGCAAAGAACAAAGAAAACGAAAACGCAGAAUUUCUAUCACGAAAGACGGUUCUUCAGAAGCCAAGAAGCAGGAAGUUACCACUGCCGAGAAUCGCGAGAGUACGCCACCACCUGCUUCGCCCUCAAAUCCAGAGGAUAAAUCGCCGGUUGCUCUGAAACCAAAUUUCAAGUUCUAUCAAGACACGUUGGAAAUAGAAGAUGACAAAGAACAAAGAGAAAAAGAAAAUAGUGAGGAAGACGUGAGAAAAGAGAAGGAUUUAGCGAUAGAUGAUGACAAGGAUAAUAGGGACGAUGAUGACGGAAGUAACACACCAACACCCGAGGAAGAUGUGGAGGACACGAAGGAUUCCGAAUCGCCGGAAGAUGCAUCUUCGAUAGUUUCGGAUUCGUCGAAGAAGGAUAAUGUUAAUUCUUAUUCCGAGAAACGAUACGUAGACGGACUUAGAAGUGUUUUACUACUUCAGAAACGCAAGGGACCAAAGAAGGUCUUAAAGUGGAAGACGGAUCUGGAAUCUAUACGUUACUUUGAGUUAGAUGAGACAGAGAGGGUCAAUGUGACGAAGACGUUUACCGACAUGAAGCAGAUGGAGAAGCAAAACGAGAGGGAAGCAUUCCAGAUGGCCAGGAAAUUAAAUAACGAGGAUUUGAUGGAAGAAAGGACAAGGUGGAAACCCUUAAUUCCUAUCGAUCUUCCGCCUCCGUUAGUAGAACCAGGGAAGGACAGCAGGGAAAAAGACAUCCAAUAUGCUCGCGAAAAGGGCAUUCUCCAAGCACUUUACUUCAACCGAAGCAUGAUUCCGGACUCUGCUGCCGAACCGGACGAGGAACGGCACCACGUGGUGUCCGACCCGAAAGUAAUACCAUUGGACGAUCUCACGGGUAACAAGGAGAGCGAAAAGGACUUCACUUCUGUACCAUGGCCCGAACCCAAGCCUCAAUUGACACCCCAACCGCCAGCAGUCACAACGUUCCAUUAUCCGACAUUCUCGCAUAAUCAGCAGCCGAUGAUGACGCCUAUGGGACCACAGCCGACAAUGGGUCCCAUAUCGCAGAUGCCACAACAGAUGAUGACUCCUGCGCACAUGGGCCCUAUGGGCCAAGAUAUGACGGGACCGAUGCCAGCCGGCGGUGGCGGUUGGAGAACAGGCGACGGCAAAGUCGUGGUACCCGAUGUCGGUAUGAAUCCCAUGGCGAAUAUGCCAGGAGGGUUCAAUCAAGGGAUGGAGGGUGGACCAAUGGUUCCUCCUGGCAUGAUGGGUCCGCCACCUAUGUAUAAUCAGCAGCAAGAGAAUUACGGUAUGAUGGGCCCGGAGGACAUGGGUGGAUUCAAUAAUAUGAAUCCCAAUAACUUCCAAGGUCCGCCGGGACCGAUAUAUCCGCCCGGACCCAAUUUCCCAGGACCCAGGGGAGUGCCUAUGCACAACAGAGGUCGAGGUGGUCCCGGUUGGUAUCGUGGUGGAGGGCCUGGUAGAGGUGUUUGGAGGGGCGGUGGUGGCGGUUGGCGAGGAAACGGCAAACAACCGCCAGUGUGCCGACAAUUUUCCAAAAACGGUUACUGCCGGGUAGGCGACAAAUGCCAGUAUCUUCACCCUGGCGUGAAUUGUCCACCUUUCUAAGUGCAGGACGAGUAUCAGGCGACCGUAGCCUGUUCGAAAUGACGUAUCGCGCUGCGCAAGAAUUUCACUUACCACGUGUCGUCGAUAAUAAAGGUUUAUCUUCGCAACAGAGAUCCCUAGAGACGUUGAAAUAGACGCGAAUAUGUCGGAGCUACGGUGCACGAAUGACUCGAAGAAACGUCGUGUACCACGAAGUCUUGUAUAUCUUAGCGGGAAAGUAUAUAUAAUAAGUGACAUAAUAUCGUACAAUCAUCUCUUCACCCGAGACGACGUGUCGAUGAAAACUCAUCUCAAGAGAAAAAUCGUAGAAAAUUGCUAAAACUGAACAUAUAGAGGCCACGGUGCACAGCUGGUUUGAACACGCUAUAUUCUAUAUUCUAAUUUAUUUUUAUGGGAAUUUAUAAUUCUCCAUUUGAAUGUUCUAUAUAGCUCUAGGAAUACAUCAGUUGUAAUUGCAAUUAUAAUAAUACGAUAAAUCGGUCUCGUCGCUCGAUGUCGAGAAGGAAGGACUGAUCCGUAUACCUAAGUUAUUCCUUAUGAUAAAUCUCGAUGUGCAAUUUUUUAGUGUGUAAGUUUUGUUGUAUAAAGAUAGGAUUGUAGGAUAUCGCGUUUAUUUAACUAUCAAUAAGCCUGGAAGAUUUUGUAAAUACAAUUACAUUUUCCCAGCGUAAAUAAGCGCACGCACUCUAUAACACAGAAUGAUUUAUACUUGUUCUCCAACAUCCAAUAUCAAAUAUGUGAAUGCAUAACAAAAAAGAAAAAACCAAAAGAAGGAGGGAAUUUAACGCAACUAUGUGAAAUUUAUUGACUGUUGAACAACGUAGUGUUCUCAUGAACAAUGUGAAAAGCUGUGAUUAAAAAAAAGUGUUAUCAUUCUUUAAUUUUGUUUUUAGAUUUUUUAUUAUAUCCGAAAUCACGUUGUUGCAAGUGAAGAAGUCAUCAUGUUGAUAUCAUUUUUCUGCGUUUUUAUUUCCUAUGAGUGGUCACUGCCGAAAUUAAUUGUAUAAAAUUCUGUUUUGGGGUUGUAUACAGCUGAAAAAAUAAUAGAAGAACUGUUGCUAUGUCCUAUAUGACUGCCAUACACACACACACACACAUAUA